AUGAGUGGGUUUGUUGGUAUCAAAUUUUGCCCCGAAUGGUAAGACAACUUUGUGUAAUUUGGCGAAUUCUACUUUCUGACCCUGACGAAUUUUUAGCACCGAAAACUUUGAGUUUUGCGUUGAUUUAUGAGUAUUUUUACAUUAUUUUAGCAACAACAUGUUGUACCCGCGGGAAAAUUACGACGAGCGAAGACUGAUGUACGCCUGCCGAAACUGUGAUCAUACCGAAUUUGCUGAGUCCUCUUGCAUCUAUACCAACCGUAUUCAUCACCGGGUCGAGUGAGUUUUUGAUUUUUGACUUUGCUUAUUGCAUUAGGUACCUAAAACAAGACUAAAUCGUCGUCGUUUUUACAGCGAGCUGACUCAAAUCAUUUCGGACCUUCGCGAAGAUCCGACGUUGCCGAAGACCGACAACCAUCCUUGCCCUCGUUGUGGGCACAAACAAUCUGUCUUUUUCCAGGCGCAAACUCGUCGUGCUCAAGAUGAAAUGCGGCUGUAUUACGUGUGCAACAACGUCGCAUGCGGUCAUCGAUGGACUGAUUCGUAA